UGUCACUUCAGUCACCAGAAGGGUUUUUGGGUUUCUAUUUUGCCCUCCUUUGAUCUCUUGUUGAUGCUGAUAGCAUCUUCCAUGCGAAUGCUGCCCCCGGGCUGUGCGUGACGUGGGGCAGAGCUGUCAGAUGGACUUGGCCGGGGUUGUGGUGCCCACACACAGCACCAGGGCACGGCUGGAGCCUCAUCCUGCUGGRAUUCUCCCUGUUCCUCCAGCUGGGAAAUGACCACCAUGGAUGCAAACCUGAGGAGCAGCACAACUGCAAAGCACAGCCUGGCCAAGGCGCUGUACGACAACAAGGCCGAGUGUCCGGACGAGCUGGCGUUCCGCAGGGGUGACAUCCUGACGGUGCUGGAGCGGCACGUGGAGGGCAGUGAGGGCUGGUGGAGGUGUUCCCUGCAUGGCAGACAUGGCCUGGCUCCUGCCAACCGCCUGCAGCUCCUGCCACCCGCCCCGGCCAGCCCGGCCAGCCCGCGGCCACCACCGGCUCACGGUGACCACACAGACACACCAACGGGCCAGCAGAACAUCUACCAGGUGCCCUCYGUGCCUGUGUCAGCCACCUAUGAGAAGAUGGAGGGCUGGGUGCAGUGUCCAGCCAGGGGCACAGCCACCCCUGCCCGGGCUGUGUAUCAGGUGCCAGCCCUGGCGGCGCAGCUGCUCAGCGAAAGGACCAAGCGCUCCACGCACCAGCACCUGUUUACCCUGCCCAGAGCGUGCCGGGCUUCAACCCCCAACAUCAGGGGGGAGGUGUACGAUGUCCCCUCCACGCAGCGCCACGAGUCCCUGCUCACACAGAGCGGUGCCACUCCCCCCAGCACUCGGAAGGGCCCCAUGCUGGGCAGAGCCACUGAGAGCUUCCAGGCAGAGCARAGGCAGCUUUACAACAUCCCAUCCAACCCAGAAAAAGCAGGAGCUGGCAGCCAGAAGGACUCACCAGCGGGCAGUUUAUAUGACAUCCCUCCCAAAAGAGAACUUGAUGAAUCCGAAAAUAAAUCUCAGAAAAAGUGCUGGGGCCAUUACAACACUUUGCCAAACCCUCGGAAGUCGGAAUGGAUUUACGAUAUCCCGGUAUCRCCUGAAAAUUCCGGAUUCAAGGCAAGCCCUCCUCCUGGGCAGGCUGUGGAGCAGCCGGUGCUGUAUGACAUACCCCCAGCCAGGUACAAAGCACCAACCACUGAAGCCAAGGGUGUGASCCCACAAUUCUACGACAUUCCACCAGCCCAGAGGAAAUUACCGCUUCCCCAAAUCCUCCUUUACGACGUUCCGUCCUCACUCCCUUUGUCACAGAACGGCAGCUGCGAGGUGCCCCCGAGCCUCCUGGCUGCCCAGAUCUCUGAGCAGAAUGUUUAUGACAUUCCCAAAGGUUUGGAGAAGAAACCUCCAAAGAAACUCCAAGACUCCAAGAAAGAGAUGGAGAACAACGCUGAUGGCGCUGGAGACCAAGCACGUGGCGCUUCUCCACAGCUCUCCACGGAUGGCAAAUUAGAAAAAGACAGUUUGAGCGUUUCUGGUGUGGACAGCAGAAGCAGCACUCUCUCCUCAUCCUCCAGCUCUGCUUCUGAGUCAUUUUCUAYGCUGCCAGCCUCACCAGAGCCUGUCCCAGAAAUUAAACUGGAGCUGGAAGCAGCCAUCGAGACCCUGACUCGGCUGCAGCACGGCGUGUCCAGCUCCAUUGCCAGUUUAAUGAUCUUUGUGAGCAGCAAGUGGAGACUGCAGGAGCAUCUGGAGAAAAGCCUGGAGGAGAUCCACAGAGCAGUGGACCACAUCAAAGUGUCACUGGGAGAGUUCCUGGCUUUUGCUCAAGCCUUGAAGGGCAACGCCUCCAACCUCACCGACAACAACCUGCAGGCCAGAAUUAAAAAACAGCUCGAAAUCCUAAUGAAYUCCUACAAAAUAUUGACAGAAACGAGGGAAGCUCUCAAUAACUGCARCUGGUCCCUGGAGGCUUUGGUGCUCAGGAAGCCCCAGAAUAAYCCUGAUGACCUGGAUCGCUUCGUUAUGGUGGCCCGGACAAUUCCAGAGGACAUCAAGAGAUUUGUAUCCAUCAUCAUCGCCAACGGGAAGUUGCUCUUCAGGAAGAAUGAGAAGGAGCAAGAGACGAAACAAUCAAACGUGAACCCAGAGUGCAAAAUGGCCAAACAAAUCCCAGUGCCCAGRAGGGUGGAAAUAGAGUCACUGCAGAGAAAUGCUCCUGAUAAAUCCAGCCAGAGCCGGGGUCCUUUGGAGAAAGCAGAAGAAAAUGCCCCUGAGGAUUGUGAAUAUGUCCAGUUACAGGCACAGAAAGUCAUUUCAGGUAAAGAAGUAAAAAAGAAGAGCACAGAGUCAAACCCAAAGGUUUUGCCAUGUGCCAGAAAGACUGUCAGUCCCAGCAGGCAGGACCCUGCCAGGAAAAUCGCUCUCCCAGAGCACUGCAGGCUGUGCUUCGCUGCCCUGCACAAGGCUCUCGGGGUGUUYGCCACCAGCCUCACCAACCAGCAGCCCCCCGAAAUCUUCAUCUCCCACAGCAAGCUCAUCAUCAUGGUGGGCCAGAAGCUGGUGGAUUGCCUGUGCCAGGAAACGCAGCAGAAGGACGCUCGCAGUGACAUCCUGCACUGCAGCAGCCGCUUCUGCAGCCUCCUCAAGAACCUGGCGCUGGCCACCAAAAACGCUGCCCUCAAAUACCCCAACGCYGAGGCCACCAGGGAGCUGAGGGAUCAGACAGAGGAGCUGGCCAAGUACACGCAGCAGUUCMGAGCCAUGAUGGAGUGAUAGCUGCUGACACUCUCCACUGCUCCUUUUGACACCAGCAGCAGUUCAGAGCAGUUCAGAGCCAUGAUGGAGUGAUACCUGCAGACAUUCUCCACUGCUGGUGAUCCUUUUGACACCAACAGCAGAUCCAUGAUGGAGUGAUACUUGCUGACAUUCUCCACUGCUCCUUUUGACACCAGCAGCAGUUCAGAACCAUGAUGGAGUGAUACCUGCAGCUCAUUCUCCACUGCUGGUGCUCCUUUUGACAUCAACAGCAGAUCCAUGUUGGAGUGAUA